AUGUAUUUUCUAGCAAACAUGGCGGCUCCUGUCAACAAUAGGUCGGAUUGCUGGCGCGCCCCAGAAGUCUACAAACAUCACGAACAGCAAAGAGUGUGUAUUUCUCGACCGAAAUACCGAGAAGGGAGAAAGGCCAAAGCAGUUAAGGUGUACACCAUAAAUCUAGAGUCCCGGUAUCUGAUGGUUCAAGGGGUUCCGGCCAUCGGCGUCAUGAUGGAGCUGAUCCAGCUGUGCGCUCUGUAUGGCGUCGUGGAGGAGUACCGACCCCUGGACGAGUAUCCAGCUGAGGAAUUCACUGAGGUUUACCUCGUCAAGUUUCAGAAACUAACAAGCGCCAGGGCAGCAAAACGCAACAUGGAUGAGAAGAGUUUCUACGGCGGUGUCCUGCAUGUGUGCUAUGUCCCAGAGUAUGAAACGGUGGAGGACACCAGGCUGAAGUUGCAAGACAGAAGAAGUUAUAUUGCGAGAGCAGCUCGCAUGACUAGAGCAAACCAAAGAGAAAGAGAAAAAACAGAAGCCACACGAGAGAGUUCGGUAUCGUCAGAAGCACCAACCUCAUCAGACAAAAUUCCCACCUGUCAUGAUGUAACAUCUAAAAAUGAAAGUACAGGAGAGGCUUUAAGCCUGAGCCACUAUUCAGAGUUUCCUCCGCUGCCAUCACCGCCUCAAGAACAUUGUUCAUUCAGGCAAAAAAGUCACCACGGACUUGUACCAACAGAGGAUAAAAUGGGGACUUUGCAUAAUGCCUUUUUUAAUGUACAACAGCGGCAAGGGGACAGUUUGAGCUCCAACCCAACAACCUCUGACAGGGAGCAAGACACAGAGGGCAGACUGGGUCCAAAUCCUGGUUCUGGAGUCAGAUUCAUUCCAAGGAUCACCAACUUGGAGAGCAGAAAGCGCAAAGUAGAAGAGUCUGGAGAGCCUGCUGCAAACGUUUCUGGAGAAAACGAGCCGCUGAUUGGACCUAAACUACCGGAACCAGCAAAACUGGACAUGGAAGAUGAGUCAUUAAACACAACUGUCACCCUAAUCAGGAGCACAAUGAAGCAGGUGGGAUCAGUUCCAGGCCUUAAAACAGUUAAGAAAAAAGCAAAACCACGUCGCCGGAUAUAAACCGGACCGGCGUCUACCACUGCUUUGGAAGUUGGAUCUCUCUCUUUUCAGUUUGCAUUUAUUUAUGCAUUGCAAGUAGAUACUAAGACUUUUAUUAAAGUCACAGUUGAAAGUUUA